AUGCUUGAAUACAAAAUCUUACUGUUCACCUACCGCUUCCUUCUCGCAACAGGCGUCUUGCCUACCGAGUAUUCUAGCAGCUGUAUGCCAAAUAGCGUGAGCGAAAGCACGCCGAAUGGAGAGAGUGACAUCCCACCAAAUGAUGAAGAUGCCUCCAUGCCGAACGAUACAGACAACGGCGCGUCGGACGACGCGGGCACCGGCACGCCAUACAGUGAGGGCACCAGCACGCCAAACGGUGUCGAGCCACUGACGACGGAAGGCAACGACGAUCAGGAAAUAACGAGCACCAAAGACUACGUGAAGCCCGCAGAAACGCUAAUAGAAUUGGUCAGCGUCUUGGAUGACACGAUGCGCCUCGAAGAUCUCGGGCAAGGCGAGGAGUGGUCAAACGGAUCAAUCUGUGAUGAUACACAUGUCACCGUAGGCAACAGUCCGAUUACCAUCCUUCGAUCUCUUGCAGCUAAGCUACCUUUGACUUAG